ACUGUUGCGCCCUUGGUCAUGAAUUCAUUUCUUCCUUUAAAAGAAUAUCGUCAGACAUUUUUGCCUUUCACUCGCUCUCUCCAAAAACUAGUUGUCACUUUUUGUAAAUGUAUCCCAAACUAUUUAAUUUACACGAUAACCCCUAUAGUGUCUUAAAGACCAUGAAGACCGAGAAGGACCUCCAAAAUGUGGAGAACAAGGAGACGAACAGGAUCGAUGGGAGAGAAAAAGAAGAAGACGAUGAAGAAGAGAAGAAGAUUGAUACGUUCUUUAAGCUCAUCAAAAGUUAUCAAGAAGCACGGAAACGAAGAAGAGAAGAGUUAGCUGAAGACGUGAGGAAGAAAACGAACGUGGGAGAGACAUCCAGUGUUGUGGUUCCGGCGUUUCAGCCGGAAGAUUUCUCUCAGUGUAGUACGGAUAUGAAGCUAUUGGUGGCUGUUUCAGAUCACAAGGAAGGGGAUGUAAAGGUGAAAGAAGAGGAGGAAGAAGCAAAGAAGGAGGAAGAAGAAGAAGAGAAGGGUUUAGAUCUUAAUCUUGCAUUGUAGUAAACUAAUCUCUUCUGUUUAUUUGUUUUUUUUUUUUAAAUCCAAUUUUCACUUAGGAUUUGGGAUUUUGACAUAAACAUUUCAACUUGUUUCCGAUCAAAAUAGUCAAAAUCUUAAUAUGUAAAAUAAGCUGAAACAUUGGUCUGAUUUUUCGACAUUAAUGAUAAAAUAAAAAGUCAGGAAUC